AUGGAGGGAGCGUUAUUGAAAUGGACCAACUACCUCUCGGGUUGGCAGCCACGAUACUUUGUCCUGGACAGCGGCAUCCUGUCCUACUAUGACUCUCAGGACGACGUGGGCAAAGGCAGCAAGGGCAGCAUCAAGAUGGCCGUCUGUGAGAUCAAAGUGCACCCCACCGACCCCACGCGCAUGGAGCUGGUGAUUCCAGGGGAGCAGUAUUUCUACCUGAAGGCAGGGGGUGCUGCAGAGAGGCAGAAGUGGCUGGUGGCCCUGGGCAGCUCUAAAGCCUGUUUGGGCGACAGCAGGAGCCAGAAGGACAAAGACAUGCACCUGAGCAGCGAGUCCCUGGGCCGGAAGCUGUCAGAGCUACGGCUGUACUGCGACGUGCUGACUCAGCAAGUCUUGGACGUCCAGGAGUCCACGCGGCCCCAGGACAACGGCUCCCCGCUUGAUAUUGAGAAGAUGAACGAAGCCUCCUCCCUGCUCAGAGCCACCUGCAGCCAGUUCAUCUCCACGCUGGAGGAGUGCAUGAAAUUCGCCAACGCCCGCCUGGCACCUGAGCUUUACCAGCCCUCGCCGGCCCCCCUGCCCCAGGACUUCGUGGGCACCAAACUCCCGCACUCCCAUAGAGUGAGACGCUCCCUCAGCCAUACGGGCAUCGUGUCCCCCGACAGAGGGGCGGAGCCGCCCCCGGUUCCGCCGCAGAAGGGCGCCGUGACGGUGGUGCGCAACCUGGAGGAGAUGGUGAUGUUCCGCUCGCAGCACUGGAGCCAGCAGGGCCCCGAACCCGAUAGCCCUGUCGGCACCAUCCUGGAGGAGAGGGAAGAGGCACCGCUGCCCACGCAAGAGUCCCCGGUGGAAUCGGCUGGCAGUGACAAGCGGAAAUGA